AUUCAUGGACACAGGAAGACGCGCCUGUAGUCAGCUGAUUAGGUUUUAGCUAGCUGGCUAGCUAGUUGUGGGCUCCUAAGUCUUUACAGUUGGUUCAUAGUAAUAUCUUAGUAUAAGUAUUUUGCAGGUAAAUUUCGCCAUAUACGACCAAACAAGUAUUCUCGAAUCGAAACAAAGGAAAAUGGUGUCUUCCGUCGCUGUCCAACUGCUCUCAGUUGUUGUUUGUUUUCUACUUAUGUCAACACAGACAUCGGAUGCCAAGAAUUCAGAAGACAUCCGAUGUAAAUGCAUCUGUCCACCCUACAGAGAGGUAUUAGGACAGAUCUACAAGCAAAAUGUUUCAUUGAAGGAUUGUAACUGUCUGCAUGUUGUGGAGCCAAUGCCAGUUGAUGGCAACGAUGUGGAGGCAUACUGCUUACGUUGUGAAUGCAAAUAUGAGGAAAGAAGCUCUGGAACCAUUAAAGUGACCAUUAUCCUCUACUUGUCUAUUUUGGGCCUGCUGCUGCUCUACAUGGUGUACCUGACCCUGCUGGAGCCCAUGUUGAAGAGGAGGCUGUUUGGACACUCCCAGCUCAUCCAGAGCGAUGAUGACGUUGGGGACCAGCAGCCGUUCGCUAACGCCCACAACGUGUUGUCUCGUUCUCAGUCGCGGCCCAACAUGUUGAACAAAGUGGAGCACGCUCAGCAGCGCUGGAGGAGGCAGGUCCAGGAGCAGAGGAAGUCUGUGUUCGACCGCCAUGUGGUGCUCAGCUAAACAGGCCUUGUAGGAAAUGAAGGCACUGGAAGAAGCAAAUUCACUGUGACUGAGCCCCCCCCCCCCCCCCUCUUCUGUCUGAUUCCUCCCGAACAUCCUAGACUUGCAUCCUCAUUUGUGAAUGAUUGCUCAUUUGGAACUGUGCUUCAUUGUGUAUGAUAAUGUGUUUGGGAAGUGAUCAUAGUGAAGGAUCUCUGUAAGAUUGGCUACAUGGUGGUGUUUUGAUCAGAGAUCUUCAACAUACUGCCAGUGUAUAAUAUUUUAUUAGGGAUCUGUCUUAUUUACUAAUAAUAUAAGGAAGCAUAAUUUGUCACGGCAAAUAGCAGUCUUUCACUCUCCAAUGGAUAAUGCUAGCAAUUUGCACAAGCUUAUGUUUAUCUUGGCUGAUAGUUAAUGUCAAGUUGUAUAAAAUUGGAGUAUAUGUUGCAGUUUCUAACAGCAAAAUGAAUAUCAAGGUAAUAAUGUCUACAAAAAAUCUCCUGUUGGGGAAAUCAAAAACAAUUCAUAAGAAAUGUUUUGUAAUAUAUACUUUCAAAAUGCAUGUUUUAUUUGAAGUCCUAUUUCCUGUAUGAACCUACUUGGACGCUUUUAACUAUCUACAGUAAAUUUACAGGCAACUGGUCAUUUGCUUGCAUUGUUGUAAACACUCCUGUCAUAUUUCCAUAUUAUUUGAGGGAAUCCGGUGUGCAUUAUAUAGGAUGAAAAUAUAUCAUGCAAUGUCGUCAUUUCAUAAUAGUGCGAAAUCAUAUAUAGGCCUAUUCCAAUAACUCCAAAAGAUGCCUGUUAUUGUAGACAGAUCCCAGUGUCACUGUCUACACACAUUUUGUGUGCUGUGCUUGUCAUCCCUUGAGCUCUCAUUCCUUAAUUAAGAUGAAUCUGACACCAAUCCCAAAUUCUCUUUUAGUUCUCUGCAUAACUUGCAUUGUCUCAUACUUACAUUAGACAGCAUUUAUAUGACCAUGUGUCAAUACCACUGGAUUGUGAAGACUGUUAGAUAUUGGUGGUAGGUGGAUGGUUGCAAAUGUGCGGCUAACUGAUAUAUUGGGUUGAUUUAAUGAAAGUGUUCUUAACUCUUGUAUCUGUGAUACCUUCAAUUUUGAAAUAAAUUUGUGAAAUAUU